UAUUUCUGUGUUUUCUUGGCGGCCAAGUCGUCACCGCAAAGAGAAGCGGCGAGUCCGGCGCUCGCCAUACGAGGUCCUUCCGGGCUGUCCCCGCUGCUCUACAGAUCGGAGUUUCUCGAUUGGUAUCUAGGAAUUGCCUCUGAUGUCGGCUCUGUUCAAUUUCCACUCUUUCCUGACGGUGGUGCUGUUGGUGAUCUGCACCUGCACCUACAUCAAGAUACAGUUUCCCGCCAUUCUCGAGCAAAGAACCGGGUUUCGUGGUUUCUUCUGGAAGGCUGCUAGAAUAGGUGAGCGCCUAAGCCCAUGGGUAGCCUUGGGUUGCUUUGCGAUGGGUAUCUCCAUCAUUAUUUUCUGACGGAUGUAAGUUAUUUUGGUAAAAUCAAGCAAUUUUUACAUCCUGGAGGAAAUCUCUCUUGUUUGUACCGAGACAAUUGAAUUUUUUAUUAGCAAGUUUGAAGACAGUUGUAACUAGUAACAUGAAACCAAAACUUUUGGUCGUUGUCUCCCAGCAUAUUUUUGUUUUGCUUUUGCAAUAUCAUCCUUGCUUUCUUGCACUCAA